CGGGAUGGUGACGGGUAGUCGGCCGAUGGGCCAUUAGGAGUCCAGCUAAGAGAAAGGGCGGGACAGGCAGUGAGUACGGCUGCACACUGAGAGGCCAGGAGUCCGGCGGAGUCGGGGAUAAGCUGCUGAUUUAUUGGGUACUUCUCGAACGCCGGCACCAUGUCAAUUAUGUCCUAUAACGGAGGGGCCGUCAUGGCCAUGAAGGGGAAGAACUGUGUGGCCAUUGCAGCGGACAGGCGCUUUGGCAUCCAGGCCCAGAUGGUAACCACCGACUUCCAGAAGAUCUUCCCCAUGGGUGACCGCUUAUAUAUCGGCUUGGCCGGGCUCGCCACCGACGUACAGACCGUAGCUCAGCGCCUCAAAUUCCGGCUGAAUUUAUAUGAACUGAAGGAAGGACGACAGAUCAAGCCUUAUACCCUCAUGAGCAUGGUAGCCAACCUCCUCUAUGAGAAACGGUUUGGCCCCUACUACACUGAGCCAGUCAUUGCUGGCUUGCACCCUAAGACCUUCGAGCCCUUUAUUUGUUCCUUGGACCUCAUCGGCUGCCCCAUGGUGACUGAUGACUUUGUGGUCAGUGGCACCUGCUCGGAGCAGAUGUAUGGGAUGUGUGAAUCCCUCUGGGAACCUGAUAUGGAACCGGAGCAUCUCUUUGAAACCAUCUCCCAAGCAAUGCUGAAUGCCGUGGAUCGGGAUGCCGUGUCAGGAAUGGGGGUGAUUGUCCAUAUCAUUGAGAAGGACAAGAUCACCACCAGGACACUGAAAGCACGGAUGGACUAACCUGUCACCCAUUUUCCUCUCCCAGAGCCCAUUAAUCUUUUCUUAAAAAAAAAAAUAAAGUCAUAAGAUACUUCUUUCUGAGCAA